CAUUCUGAUUCUGUUCUUGGACUGAGGAGGAAAAACACGGUUUCCCACACAAAGUAUAGGAUGAUGUCCGUCGUCCCAAUCACGUUACCAACCUCGCUAAUAACUAGAGUCUAUUAAUUUUCUCUCUCUUUUUAUAGAUAGUUGAAAUCUCGUUCUAAAUUACUACUUUUGAUGCAUGCAUGGCAAUCUUCUUCUCCCUCCUUCAGCAAGCUAAGUGGGUCUAAGAAAUGGGAAAUGAGAAAUGGGACCCAUAAGCAUAACCCAUUAACCCCCUCUUUCUCUCUUAACUAGUUCACACUUGAGAGAGAGAGAGAGAAAGACAGAUAAGGGUCAACGACGACGUUUACCACCUAUAUCAUCAUGGCCACACCUCAAGAAUCUGUACAAGGCAGCAGCACCUGCAACUUCUUCACCAAGUUCAGUUCACUUUCCUCACUUGCCAAGUUGCUUCUCCCAACCCCUCGUCGUCUCAAGCUUGAUCCUUCCAACAAGCUCUUCUUACUUUAUACGCCGGGAAAGCAGGUUAAAAGUGCCAUCAAAAUUAAAAACACCAGCAAAUUCCAUGUAGCUUUCAAGUUUCAAACUACUGCACCUAAAAGUUGUUUCAUGCGUCCACCUGGGGCUAUUCUUUCGCCAGGCGAGAGUCUAAUUGCAACCGUGUUCAAGUUUGUAGAGCCUCCAGAAAACAAUGAAAAACCACAAAAACCUGCACCCAAAUUUAAAAUCAUGAGCUUGAAGGUCAAAGGACCAAUGGACUACAUUCCUGAGCUGUUCGAUGAACAGAUAGACAAAGUGACCGUAGAGCAGAUUUUGCAGGUUGUUUUUCUGGAUCCAGAGCGUCCUAGUUCUGCUCUGGCGAAACUGAAUCGGCAGCUAGCUGAGGCCGACGCUGCUAUGGAGGCGCGUAGGAAGCCUCCAGAAGAUGCUGGUCCUAGGAUUAUGGGUGAAGGGCUUGUCAUAGAUGAAUGGAAAGAGAGAAGGGAAAGGUACCUGGCAAAACAGGAGCAGCAGGGGACUCUGUAUAGCGAAUGUUAGAAUUGAACAUUAGCCUCAACAUGCACACUCAACUUGGUUGCAUUUUAAUGCAUCUACUAAUUACUACUAUUCAAGUUCGUUGAGACCUACCCCACAAUGCACAAUUCUCCAUUCAUGGGUUGUUAGGAAUUUUUUUAAUAAAUAAAUAUAUACAUCUCUUUUCCAUGUAUUUAUUUUUUUCCAUCAAAUUCAAGACCCUUGGAGCUAGCAUAUAUGGUUAGUAAUAGUAUACUAUAGGACAAGAAAGUGCUUCCUUCAUGACUUCAAUGAACACAAUGAAUGAAAUCAUCUAUUUGAGAUGAGAGGUUGGAAAUUGCACGACACGAAUUCACUGUGCCUUCCUCCUCGUUCCAUUAACAACUCA